AUGACGGUGAGAGCCACCGAUCUUGGCACUCCAACACAGCAAAGUACCCAGGUUGCCACUGUGAGGAUCAACGUCCUCCGUAACAACAACUGCCCACAGUUCAUCAACCUCCCGGCAAACAUCACCAUUCCAACCUCAGUCAACUUUGGCAACAGUUUGUAUAAUAUCACCGCUCUUGACAACGAUCCACCUGGACGAUUCAGCACUCUCAUUUACGACAUCAUCGGCGACGACAAUGCACCUGUGUACUUCAGCAUCAACACUUUCAGUGGUGCAGUCAGCGCACUGCCCAACCUGGUGUCUGACACCUUGACCAUGUACAGGUUACGAGUACGUGGCCGGGACGGCGGCUCUCCUUCCUGCGAGAUAUAUGAAGUCCUCACCAUCCACAUUCCAAACAAUGUUGUGAUAUACAGUCUCGCACAAACAUCAAACUACCACGACAUAUUCUUCGUCGAUGACGUCAACGGCAACGUGUAUUUGAGGACUUCUCUCAUUGGAACAACCAGUAACAGUUAUGAGCUGUCCCUCGUGGCGACUGACCAGGGGUCUCCGGCACUGUCCAGUACUCCCGCCAAAUUGAUCGUCAACGUCAUCAGGAACGUCAACCCACCCAUCUUCACCAUGGAGCCUUACACACAGAACAUCAGCCAGAAUGUCGUGACAGGAUUCCAGGUCAUCACCGUGUUAGCAACAGAUGCCGACCUCACUCCACCGUACAACACCCUGACAUAUGACAUCAUCGGUGACGACUCUGCACCAACCUACUUCGUCAUAAACCCAUCAUCUGGUGUGAUCAGCUUGUCCCAGUCAAUCUCCUCGGAUGUCACAGAUCAGUACCAGAUUAGAGUGCGUGUCCAAGAUGGCGGCAGUCCUCGACUCAGUGAUGUCAUUGUGGUGCUGGUUAAUGUUGAGAGGAACCUGUUCCCACCAACCUUCACUAGCAACUCGUAUGGAGAGGUCAUCCUGGAGUCUCGAACCGUGGGAACUCGUGUUCUCAGAGUUUCUGCUAAUGACCUUGACACAACAACUCCAAACCAGAUUGUGCGUUAUGGUAUGUUAGGAGACACAAUUGAUAGCACCUACUUCAUGAUUGAAGCCGUCACUGGCGACGUCAUCGUCAGACGUCCUCUCACCGACGACACCCAAAACACAGUUGUGUUUGCUUUCCAAGCAACAGCAAAUGACCUUGGCGCCCUCCAACGUAACGCAACGCCAGUUGACGUGACGAUCACCGUCAGGAGAAACCAGAACAGCCCUGAGUUCCUCCAGACGUCCUAUACAACCACAGUAACGCAGAACCACCCUGGGGGAAGCAGCGUCUACCAGACAACUGUUGCAGACAGGGACACUGUGGCUCCUUUCAAUGUUCUUUCCUUCGAACUUAUUGGCGACGAUUCUGCGACAUCAUUUUUCACCAUCAACCCAAGCAGUGGUCUCAUCACGCUGAGAAAUGGUGCUGAUCUGACAACAGACACUGAAAUUCGCUACAUAGCCCGUGUUCUUGCUCGCGAUGGCGGCGUUCCUUCCAGAAGUGCGACGUCGGUUGUAGUCAUCAACGUGUUGAGGAAUCUGUUCCCUCCUGUGUUCAUGAAUGUUGACUUCUUCAGGACUUCAAUCAAGGAAACACUGACCGUGGGGUCUAACAUUGCUGACGUGAAUGCAACAGAUGCCGACACCACGGCUCCAGAAAACACGAUUCAGUACUCCAUUGAAGGUGAUGAUGUGGCACCAGAGUACUUCUUCAUCAACCCUAACACUGGAGAAAUUACUUUAUUGAAACCUGUGGAAAAUAUCAACAUCAAUCUCUUCAGGAUUGCGUCCUAUCGCGUGCUUGGGAUCUCGCCCGCACCGACCUUCUUUGACGUCAGUUCCCAGAUUGGUGCUAUUGCUGUUCGCCGUGAUUUGAGACUUGACCCUGCUCGUCUGACAUUUUACCAGCUCCAGAUCGAGGCUACCGCUACACUGGACAUCAGUGUACAGACCGCCACAACCGUGGUUAACAUCACCGUAACACGGAAUGAGAACGGGCCUGUUUUCACAGACAACAGCUAUGUGACCAGCAUCCGAGACACCACUGUCAUAGGCACUGUGGUUCUCACAGUUACAGCAUCCGAUAUGGAUGGGGAUCUAGUAGACUACCGAAUGCUGGACAGCAAUUCUGCCGGAACGUAUUUCUACCUCAACCCUAGAACCGGACAACUCUCAACCAAAAUUUCACUCCGUGAAAUUAACUUGCAGAGAGUCCAGUUCCAAAUUCAAGCUGGUGAUCAACGAGCACCAGAGAGAACUUCACGGUCCAACGUCACAAUUGUCAUCGAACGUGAUCAGCAACGACCUCAAUUUGUUGACGAUCCCUACACGACUGCAGUUCAAGAGACUACCGUUAAUGGAUCAACCGUCUACCAAGUGUCUGCUUUCGAUGCUGAUUUACAGGGUUCCCUCACGUACGAGAUCAUAGGGGAGGGUGUUGCUCCAGCCUUCUUUGAGAUCAACUCUAACACCGGCAUGGUUACUGUCUAUGACAGAGAAGCUCUCCUGUUUGACAGAGGGACAAACUACAAACUCGUUGUUGUUGUGUACGACUCUGCCUACCCUGCCGUUAGGGAUACAGCCGAGAUCGGUAUUGCCGUCCUCCGCAACAUCAACACCCCCAUCUUCACCACCAACACCUACGAGGUUACCAUUCCAGACACAUACGAACUUGGCACCAACAUAACACAGGUCUCUGCAAGUGACAGUGAUGACAAUAUUGUCAAGUAUGAGAUCACCGGCGAUACCCGCGCCUUGGAAUUCUAUUAUGUGAAUCCCGAUAACGGAGUUAUCUCACUGAAGAAGCUUCUCACAGAGGGAUCCCAGCCCACUGAUACGCUGACAAUACGAGCCCGUGACCAAGGUGUCCCCGAGAAGUUCGGCAACUGUUUAGUGAUCGUAUCCAUCAAGAGGGACGAUCAUGCUCCCGUGUUCACCCGCGUCCCUUACCGGGCCACUGUCCAGCGUCUCUCCCCCGUCAACAUGACCGUAAUCCGGGCGACUGCCACUGACCAGGACUUGCAGGGAACACUCCAGUAUGAAAUCCUCGGCAACUAUCCCGCCCCAAGCUUCUUCCAGAUUGAUGCCGUUUUGGGUGACAUUACAAUCAAGCGACCACUUGCAUUCGACAGCCUUCUGACAAACACUUACUAUGUAACCAUGGUUACUUUUGACACGGUGUACCCCAGCAAUAGAGCAACCGCAACAGCCACCAUCUUCGUGGACAGGAACCCGAAUGGUCCGACAUUCAACCCCCAAGUGUAUGAACGACAGAUAGAUGAAAACACAUCCCUUGGAGCCCUUAUCGUUGAUGUCAACGCUACUGACUUGGACAACGACGUCAUCCGAUAUAGUCUCAAGGGCGAUACUCUUGACAACGAAUUCUUCUACCUGAACGAAGACACUGGUUACAUUUCAUUGAGAAAAAACCUUUUGUCUGUCAAUGAUCGCCAGUUUAGGUUUAACGUUAUCGCGAGUGACCAGUCCAAUCCAGAACGAACCUCAACAGCCAACGUCAUCGUUAACAUCAUCCGCGAUGAGGCACCACCCCAGUUCGUCCAACUGCCCUACGACACGGUUGUCUUAGAGACAACAAACAUCGGCACAUCAGUCUACAGGGUCUCCGCCAUCGACUCCGACAUCAAGGGCACCAUUGUGUACACGGCUACCGGAGACCUGCAAGCUCCUUACUACUUCAACAUUAACCAAACAAAUGGCAUCGUCACCGUCCGCAACAACAUCAGAGAUGAUGUCGCAUCCAACUAUGCUCUGCGUGUGGCCGCAUUUGACAACGCCUCUCCCGGAAGGACUGCAACUGCCCUACUGAGUAUCCAGGUUCUGAGGAACCCCAGCCCUCCCAUCUUCACAAGCAGCCGGUAUGAGAUCACUAUCCCAGAACACCAGAAUCUUGGGUCUGUCGUACAACAGGUCAUGGCCAGCGAUCCUGACGGGGACGUUCUGCGAUUCAACCUGGAACUUGACAACAGCGCCAGUGCUUCCAACAGCCUCCUGGCUCUAGAGUACUUCUACAUCCUGGAACAGUCAGGGGUCAUCUACCUCCGUAAACCUCUAACAGACGACACGGUCGACACUGCCAGAUUCACGAUGUUGGCCCGAGCACGUGAUCAGCGAGACAAUGAAAAGGAGUCGUUCGCUGUCGUCGUGAUCAACGUCCAGAGAGACCAGUUCCUGCCCGUGUUCUCACAGACGCCGUACAUUACCAGCCUUGAGGAGACCGUCCCUGUAGGCACCGUGGUCUUCAGACCAUCGGCAUUUGACAGAGACCUUGUGGAAGAACUAGAGUACAGAGUGAUCGGCGACACUAUCGGCCCCUUUUACUUUGGCAUCAACUCCACCAACGGCGUCAUCACUCUGAAGAACAACCUCCGGACAGACAAUGCCAAUUUUAACUACACUCUGAGACUGACAGUUAUCGACACCGCCUACCCGACCGAGGUCGCCACUGCCACAGUUGACAUCAGGGUAUCCCGUAACAUCUACGCUCCCCAGUUCACCCAGUCACCCUACCGUGUAACCAUCAACGAGACGGCUAGUGUUGGUGUCGGUAUACUGCAGGUUUCCGCGACCGACGCUGAUGGGGACCGAGUGAUCUACGAAGCAGCCGGUGACAAUGACACUCUCCAGUAUUUCUUCCUGUCCAGUGACACUGGGCUCAUCAGCAUCCGGGAACCCCUCACAUCCUCAUCCAGAUCUGGUUAUAGGAUGUCGAUCAUAGCUCGAGAUCAAGGCAACCCUGAACAGAAAACACCCGUCCUCGCUCUCAUCACCGUUAUCAGAGACCAGGCUGCCCCCUUCUUUAUAAACACACAGGAUUACAGCACCAUCGUGAACGAAGCCAUACCAGUAGGCAGUAGCGUCUUCAACGUAACUGCACAGGAUGGUGAUCUUCUCGGCGCCAUCAACUACGAACUCAUUGGAGAUUAUCCUACCCAGAGUUUCUUCAGCGUGGACAUACAGACUGGGCAGAUUGUCACAACUGACAACCUAAAGAGUGACAGUCUCAGAUCGGCUAAAUAUGUGGCCCGGAUAAUUGCUUAUGAUACAAUCCGACCUAUGGUACGAGCAACCUCAACAGUGGCUAUCACCGUAGUGAGGAACCCUAACAGACCACAGUGGCUGCAGUCCGCUUACAUCCAGACCAUCUCGGAGACCAUGAUGGCGGGGACUAGUGUUCUCAACGUUACAGCCAAUGACAGGGAUGCUGAUGAUAUUGUCACCUAUGAAAUCCUCAGUCAAACCUCGAUGCCUUUUGGUCUGACAAGUCCUUACUUCUACAUUGAACGCCAAACUGGUAUAAUCACUCUCAGGGAGUCAGUCCUCAACGCCGACAUCAGCCAAGUUCUGAUACUCCUAAGAGCGUGUGACAACGGUAUUCCUAGACAGUGUGCUAAUUCCUCAGCAGGAAUCGACAUUAUCAGGAAUCAGUUCUCUCCGGUUUUCCAAAACCUUCCAUAUGAGAUCGUUCUUCCAGAGGCCACAGAGGCGAGCACCCAGGCAACCCUUCUCAAUGUCUCAGCCAUAGAUCAAGAUCUGAUUGGCCAGAUUGUAUAUGAGCAGGUGCUUCCUGGCAGUGCCUACUUUGACGUCAAUCCCGCAUCAGGGGCGAUAACUCUCAGAUCAAGUCUCCUCCUUGAUAGCAGACUUCAAAUCGUGUUCCAGGUAUUGGCUUACGAUGACAAGCAUCCCCAGAGAAAGACGACAGCUGAUGUAACGGUCAAUGUUUUGAGGAACCCAAGUGGACCUCGCUUCCUGCAAGAUCCUUAUGAAGCGACUGUAUCAGAGACGUACCCUCUUGGCGACAGCCUCAUCAAUGCCACCGCUGUGGACUCCGACGGGGAUGUACUCCGAUACUCUCUCAUGUCCUUAUCAAUUGACGAGAAUCUCUUCUACAUCAACCCUGACAAUGGCCUCAUCUCUCUCAGGAAGCUCCUCUCGGCUUCCACAGCCACAAGAUACUCGCUGACAGUCAAAGCAACAGAUCAGAGAAUUCCUGAACAAACUGCUACUGCCCUAGUACUGAUUUCCGUGACACGGGACAACAGUGCACCAUUCUUUGUGGGAGGACCCUAUGCUAUCAGCGUUCCUGAAACCCGGGAGAUCAAUUCCACCAUUGUUGCGGUCAGUGCUCGGGACAGUGACAUGAAAGGGUCUAUACAGUACGAAGCCAUAGGCGUUUACCCAGCAACAUCCUUCUUCAAUGUUGAGGCGACCAGCGGCAACAUCAGGAUCAUCCGUAGUCUGUUGACAGAUGGCCUUCUGUUCACGUCAUACACUCUGAGAGUGGUCGCCUUUGACACUGCGUAUCCCACAGCCAGAGCCACCAGUGAUGUAACCAUCGUUGUUAUUCGUAAUGAAAACGGCCCCAGCUUCCUCCCAUCCGCAACAUAUGAAACACAGGUGUCCGAAGAUGUCGUGAUUGGUACCAGCAUCCUCCAAAUCACUGCAGUGGACCAAGAUGCAGGGGACGUCGUGACGUACCAGCUUGUAAACGCCACAUCGAGUGGAACACAAUACUUCUUCCUUGACCGAGAUGCUGGGAUCAUAAGCACCAAAAAAGCGCUCAGUGGAGCUCCUGAAGACCUGUACACAGUAAGUACUAGAGGCGUCGUCAGUGUCCGGAAACCUCUUAAAGAGGGCACCUCCCGACAAUACACAUUCACUGUGCAAGUCCGCGACCAGGCGUUCCCUGAACUCUUCAGCACUACCACCGUCCAGAUCACCAUAGACAGAGAUCAGUUCCCGCCUGUCUUUACUCAGAUGACCUACGUUACAGCUAUCACUGAGACUACUGAAGUGAACACCUCACAGCCUAUUGUUGUGGUGCAGGCUGCUGACAAGGACAGAAGGGAAGAUAUUGUGUAUGAAGCGAUUGGCGAUGGCUCAGCUCUGGCUUUCUUCAGGAUCGACUCAACUUCUGGAGCAGUAUACGUCAAGACUCCUCUGAUCCAGGAUAGUCUUGUUCUAUAUACACUUCGCGUACAAGCCUACGACACGUUCUAUCCAACCAACAUCGGCUACAGCACCGUCACCAUCAGUGUAAUCCGUAACCCCAGCGGACCCGUCUUCACCGCUAACGAGCAUGCCAAGUCAGUUCUGGAGUUUACCACUGUAGGGUCCCGGAUCAUCACCGUCACUGCAACUGAUGCUGAUGGGGAUGUCCCAGUCUAUUCGCUUGUGGGAGGUAUGGAGGCACUGGAGUAUUUCUACAUUUCCCCCAGCUCAGGGGACAUCUUCCUGAAGAAACGCCUCUAUGAGAGUCCAACACAACAGUACCAGAUGUUCGUACAAGCCUCCGAUCAGCGCAAUCCGGUCAGACUGACCAAUACAACAGUGUUUGUAACUGUUGCGAGAAGCCAGCCUCCGCGCUUUGUCCAAGGGCCAUACUCAUUCAGUGUUUCAGAAAAGACACAGAUUGGCACGUCAGUCUACGGUGUCAGUGCCAUUGACUCUGACAAACAGGGCACCAUCACGUAUGAAAUUGUCGGUGACGCCCCAGCCCCCAGCUACUUCGCCGUCAACUCCACCACGGGGGUGGUGACAGUCCGUUCCAACCUGCUGCUAGAUAGCAACCAGAACUAUAUCCUCCGUGUCAAGGCACACGACUCUGCGUUCAUGUCUCAAACAGCGACAGCCACCAUCAGCAUCUUCAUCGCAAGGAACGACAACCCACCUAUCUUCAUCAGAGAACCAUAUACCAUCGAGCUGCCAGAAGAGUUUGCUUUAGGACAACGAGUCAUCAACAUAACUGCGGAGGAUGCAGAUAACGACAACAUCCGUUACAGCAUGUUAAGCUCCAGCCUCGCCGACUACUUCUACCUCAACCCAGACACCGGAGUCAUCUUCCUGACCAAGAGUCUUGAAUCAACAGUCCAGAACAGCUUUUUGUUGUCGGUUCGUGCAAGUGACAGCCGCAUUCCUCAACGUAGCAACGACGCAACUGUGACCAUCACUGUCAGAAGAAACAAGUUCUUGCCUCAGUUCGUUGGCCUUCCCUACACAGUGACCAUUGGCGAAACACGCCCUGUAAACGACACCAUUCUCUCCGUCGCGGCAGUCGACAACGACCAAAGGGGUACCCUGGUAUACGAAGCUGUGGGAUUCUAUCCAGCACAGAGCUUCUUUGGAAUCAAUAACGUCACUGGUCAUAUCACUGUGAUACAGUCGUUGAAGAAUGACGGUCUGGCUCGCACUGAAUACACACUCCGUGUGGUUGUCUACGAUACCCAGGUUCCCGCUCAAAGACUCUCCGCUGAUGUCUUGGUGUCUGUCGGGCGCAAUCUGAACGCACCAACACUAACUCAGACCCGAUAUUCACAGGCUGUUGACGAGGAUUACCCUCUCGGUGUCCCGGUUCUGAACGUGACAGCUUCGGAUCUUGAUGGGGACACAAUUUCGUAUGACAUCGUCGCCGAUAACAGCGGUGGAUCUGCACUUUCGUUUUUCUUCAUUGAGCGACCAACCGGAGCUAUUUACCUUAGACAACCACUCUCUGCAUCAAGCGCUAAUACGUUUGCGAUGACAGUCCGUGCCACUGACAGCGGUCGGCCACCUCGCGAGUCGCGGGCGGAGGUUGUCGUGUAUGUACGGAGGGAUGAGUUUGCCCCACGGUUCGAGAAUUCCCCACUCGUUGUGGUGAUCCCCGAGACCACAGCCAACGCCUCGACUAUAUUCACCGUCACCGCCACCGAUCAAGACCAGCAGGGUUCAAUCCAGUACAGCGUGAUGGGAGUUCCGCCAGCACCAACCUUCUUCAUGGUUACCUCUGGUGGCAACAUUGUUGUCAGAGGUGACCUCAGGAAUGACCGCGCCAUGAACUAUGUUCUGCGUAUCCGAGCUGUAGACAGCGCUAAUCUUAACGUGUACACCGAAGAGGACGUGAAAAUCUCCAUCUUGCGGAACGUCAACCAUCCUGACUUCCAACAACAAUCCUACUCCACACGCAUAUCGGAGACGACGCGCAUAGGAACAUCGCUGUUGACUGUCGUCGCUAACGACGCUGACAAUGAUCGCCUUACAUAUGAUAUACGCGGCGACGAGCGAUGCGUCACCAUGUUUUAUGUCGGUGCGGAUAAUGGCUUCAUAUACCUCCGGCAGUCGGUUAUGGAUACGGCAGAUAGCUCAUUUACAUGUACCGUAUCAGUGUCUGACAAUGGCUACCCAACUGCAAACACUGCGACAACAACAGUCUUCAUCGGCAUCGACCGCGACACUGUCGUACCCGUCUUCUCAUCCAAUGGUAGAUACGCUGUCAACAUCAACGAAAACAUCGCUGUUGGCAGUUUCAUCAGCUCCGUGCAAGCAACAAGACAGAACCUGGCUGGUCGCAUGUAUUACGAAAUUAUCGGCAACUAUCCUGCACCAAGUUUCUUCAAGGUUCACAAUAUGACUGGUGAAAUAACAGUUGAGGAAAACCUCCGCAAUGACAAUCUUCGACUUGGGUCCUACACGCUUCGUGUCCGUACCUAUGACACGAGCGUGCCACACCUUGCUGCCAUUGCCGAAGUGUACAUAACGGUACUCCGGAAUCUGAACGGUCCAGUAUUCAGUCCCUCUACGUACAGAGUGACGCUCAGGGAAGACGUGGACGUGGGAACCUAUAUCCAGAAACUCAACGUAUCAGACCCCGAUGGCGUUCAACUCAGUUGCUCAGUGGACGCACAAGCCUACUUUGCCAUCGACGCAAGCACUUGCUUACUCCGAGUUUCCAAAGCUCUUACAGAUGAUACCAGCAAGGCAACCGAAUACACUAUCUUCGUGACUGCGACUGAGAUGACCAGCAGCAACCGUCAGUUCGCCACGGCCAGCGUCCAAGUGACCGUCCUCCGUGACCUGUACUCCCCUCAGUUCAACAACCUCCCCGCCACCAUAGACGUGAACGAGGACCUCCCAGUCGACAGAGCCAUCUUCACUGCAGAUGCAUACGACGCGGACAUCCAAGGAACAAUAAAGUAUGAGCUGACAGGGGUCUUCCCAGCAAAGAGCUUCUUCGAGAUCGACCCUUCUUCUGGUGCCAUCGUCCUCAUGAACAGCCUCCUCUCAGACACGCUUGGCCGCACGUCGUACACGGCUCGGGUACAGAUUUACGACACCGCACGACCUGACAACCGCACACAGGCAGAUCUCGUCAUCCGGGUAGUGAGAAACUCCAAUGGUCCCAUCUUCUCUUCUGCGAGUUACGAAGCUUCUGUGGAAGAGAACUUCCCCCUGUAUCAGUCCCUGGUUCAGGUCGUCGCUAGUGAUGCUGACGGGGACAAGCUCACAUACACCCAUCUAGGCACUGCCGAGGAACAGAAACUAUUCUAUCUGAAUCCAGACAGUGGAGUUAUCUCCCUUGGUUCAUCUCUGCAGGACACGUCCAAGAAUCAGUUUGUGUUCGAAGUAGAGGCUUCAGACAAUCGCGUCUCCAGUAUAGCCAAAACAAAUCGUGUGACCGUGGUUAUAACUGUACAACGAGACAAUGGUCCCCCACGGUUCCUGAACGCUCCGUACGUCUUGGAUGUCCCCAUCCGACAGCCAGUCAACUCCACCGUGGUGAUCGUCAUCGCCCGUGACCCCGACAACAAGGGAAUGAUGAGGUACCGACUGGACGGCAUCGCCCCCGGCACCGACUACUUCUCCAUCAGCGACAUCACUGGCAACAUCAUAGUGAAGCAGGAGUUGACUCUCAACACCGAUGUCUAUGCUAAAUAUACGCUUUUGGUAUCUGCUUAUGACACCAGCAGUCCAGAGAUCGUCAUAACAGAGCCAGUUCAGAUUAGAGUGUUGAGGAACCUGUAUUCCCCAGUUUUUGUGACGAAGUCGUACAUGCAAACCAUCUACGACUUCAUCCCUGUAGGAUCAAGCGUGCUACAAGUCACUGCCACGGAUGAUGAUAUUACCGCUCCGGAAAACACCUUCACAUACGACAUAGACAAUACUUCGCCAGCCAACGAGUUCUUCUCAGUGGAUCCCUUCAGUGGCAUUAUUAGAACCACAAAGGAUCUGUCAGAGAGCACCGCUUCCUCCUACGUGUUUAAUAUAAUUUCCCGUGAUCUGGGCGCCAGUAGUCGAUCUGACACCGCUACUGCUACAGUUGUGAUCCAGCGAAACAGUGGACGGCCAGUGUUCAUCAACCCUGAUCAGUAUGACGUCACCGUGUCCGAGACCAUGUCCGUGUUGUCCCCUAUCCUACACGUGCAAGCAGUGGACACCGACUCUGUGGACACGCCCAAUGGUCAGAUCGUCUACACACUCACUGGUCCAGCAGAGGCGCAACGGUUGUUUGAGGUUCAUAUGAUGACUGGAAAUAUCACGGCCAGAGUCUCCCUCACAACCGCUGCUAAUGACACCUACGAGCUCACUAUUCGUGCCAGCGACCGAGGCACACCAACUCAGAGCUCUGAAGUAACAGUGGUCAUCCGAAUUCGUCGCGAAGGAACCCCGUUCUUCCAGGAACCAGAAUACAUCGUCAGUCUGACUGAAAACACAGCAAUAGACACUGUAGUGAUUGACCUGAAUGCCACAGACCCACUUGAUAAUAAGCUGAUCUAUGAGAUCAAUGGUGACGGAAUGGCCUCUACAUUGUUCCGCGUCAGUCCAGAUACGGGUCUAGUGAGCGUGGCCCAACCCUUCAAAACAGACACUCAGGAGUCCUAUGUUAUCCGUAUACGUGCCUACAGACAGACGGACGCAGCAGUGUUCGCCACAGUGAUUGUCAGAGUGGUCAUUACCAGGAACGCCAAUGCUCCAAGCUUCUUGCAUAAUGACCUGGUGUUUAACUUGGCGGAGAAUUACCCUCUGGGCGUUUCACUUGGUCAGCUCAAUGCUACAGAUAAGGACAUCGGGAAUAAUGGUAGAAUAACGUACACCAUCGACGCCCAGAACUCCAUACCCCUGUACGUGCGCGACUUCUUCUACGUCAGCCCUACAACAGGUACCCUGUCGGUAACCAAGAGCCUCCAAGAAGACGCCAACCAACCCCUGAGUUAUGUCCUCAAUAUCCUAGCAACAGACAAUGGGUACCCUACUAAAUUCUCAGCACUUCAAGUGACUGUCAACGUUGUUAGAAACCGCAACGGUCCUGCUUUCUCCAGUGACGUGUAUGAGACUGAUAUCGAUGAGGAUGUUUCUGUUGGAACCAGCCUCCUGCAAGUACAGGCUGCAGAUGCUGAUGGUGGCCGAGUCACCUACACUCUCCUGUCAACUAUACCCACAUCUCUGUACUUUAACGUGGACGAGAACACCGGCGUGCUGAGUAUGGCGGCGUCUCUGCUGAUGGACAACGCAGCUGUAUACACUAUGACCGUGAGAGCCCGGGACUACCCAGGUGAAGGUGCCCUGUACCGCAGCAGUGAGGCUACCCUGGUUGUCACCGUGCGACGUAACCCCAACACCCCGGUGUUUGUACAGUCGGCGUACAACAUCACCAUCUCCGAGUACACGGCUGUUCAGGACGUCGUAGCAACCAUCAGGGCCACAGAUGCAGACCCUAGUGACACGCCAAGCGGCCAGCUAGUGUACCGCAUCACCAGCGUGACGUUCCCCGGCUUCCAGAGCUCCACCCUCCGAAAUAACUACGACUUCUUCAUCAUCAGUCCGACAUCAGCAGACAUAUAUCUGGCCCAGACUCUCAGCAAACAUGGUGUCCCAGAUACGUUUUAUAUUACUAUUGAAGCUGCUGACCGCGCCCUGCCUCCCAAGAUCGCCACUGCUCAGCUGGAGAUUCACAUUGUCCGCAACAUACACACCCCACGCUUCACUUCCACAAGCUAUGGGGCAACUAUUGAGGACACUGCGGCUGUUGGGAGAACGCUGUUCACUGUCACCGCUCUUGAUGCUGAUGAGGAUGUACCUCUGAAUCAAAAUACCCCCAACGCAGAGUUCAAUUAUAUUGUUGAUCCCAAAUACAAAGACGCAGUGUGGUACUUCGACGUCAGUUCCGAUGGCAUCGUGAGCAUCAGGAACCCGCUCGUAUCAACUGAUACUCCGUCAUUCUUCUUCAAUAUUAUUGCUAUUGACAAGAGCUGGACACCGUUAAGCAGCCGAGUUCCAGUUCGCAUCAACGUGACCCGCACCAGUACAGGGCCCAGGAUCCUCGGCUUCACAGCGCCUAUUUAUUACGUUGUGCUACCGGAGAACUCGGUCGGGGACGGCAACCGCUUUAAAUCAUUGAUAGUCCUGGACACGGAGAAUCAAGACAUUGAUCUCAAUGUGGAGUGCCGAAUCAUCUACAUUAACGGGGAAGCUGAUUUGGUCGGGACUAUAUUCAGUGUUCGGACAACCCGAGACGGCAAGAACUGCGAGCUGUAUAUGAUCGGGAACUUGGACAGAGAGCAAGGAAGCCUGUAUAACAUCACUGUUGGAGUCCAUCACCAGACUACUGUCAGCAAGCGAUCUAUCAACAAUGCAGUAUACAACACGUGGGAAUACACCAACAUAUUGGUGUCGGUGACUGACGUCAACGACAACGCCCCCUCGUUCAACUUCCCCGUGUAUCCUGUCGUUAACCUGCAGGCAUAUGUGACGGCUAUAAGCAUAGCAGCGCCCCCUAACAGCAAGGUCACUCAAGUGCAGGCGACUGACCCAGACUUAGGCCUGAACGGGAUAGUGUCCUACUCCGUCAGCCCCAUCCCAGGGCUGUUUGAUGAGGUGCCUUUCUACAUCAACUUUGACGGGGAAAUCUACACCACAAAGGACUUCUCCCACGAGGAAGCCUUCCCGCGCCAGUUUGUGUUCAAGGUCACAGCUAGCGAUAACGCAAUGACGUCAGAACGGCUACAAGCGGAAUCAAAUGUUUACGUGAACCUAAUUGAAAACAAGAACCGGUUUAUUCUUGUUCUGACGAAUACCCCUCCGGAAAACGUUAUACCAAAGAUGGAGUUCUACAGACAAGCACUACAGAAUGUCACUGGACGUAUCAUUAUCAUCGAGAAAAUCCAAGGCCGACUGUUUACUGAAGUAGGAUCCAGCGUGUUGGACCUUGACAUCACUGGAACGGAUAUCACCUUCGUCGUGGUGAACAGCGACAGCUUCCGACUUGAAGAAAACACUGCUAUGGACAUGUGA